AUGACGUCUUCCGUCCGAUGGAUCCUCGAGAAGGCGACCGUCGCCCACGAUCCCGACCUGUCCAACGCCGAGUUGAUGUUGACGAAUUAUGAUUUGCGGCCAGUUGAACCAAAACGUCGCCAAUGGAGAUGGCUCAACUACAUCGCCUUCUGGAUUGCGGAUUCGUUGAAUAUCAACACUUGGAUGAUCUCUUCUUCUAUGAUUGUUGACGGGUUGUCGUGGUGGCAAUCAUGGAUCUGUGUCUGGGUGGGAUACUUCAUCGCAGCAGUCUUUGUCUGCCUCACUGGUCGCAUUGGCGCUGUCUACCAUAUCUCCUUCCCAGUCACAGUGCGAGCAUCGUUUGGGAUCUGGGGAUCUUUCUGGCCGGUGAUCAAUCGAGUCGUAAUGGCCAUUAUUUGGUACGGAGUGCAAGGAUAUAUUGGAGGCGAGUGCGUCAGCUUGAUGAUCGAGGCAAUUUGGCCCAGCUAUCGUAACCUGCCCAACACCAUCUCCCCGAGCGCAGGGGUCACCACCAAGGGUUUCGUUAGCUUUUUUCUCUUCUGGCUCUUUUCACUGCCAGCCCUGUGGUUUCCCGUCCACAAAGUCCGCCACCUCUUCACAGUCAAGGCAUGCUACUCGCCAAUCGCGGCCAUUGCCUUCUUUGCAUGGGCCAUCUCACGCGCCAACGGCAUCGGACCGAUCGUCCACCAACCCAACACCGUCCACGGAAGCGCGCUCGGAUGGGCCGUGGUCAAGUCCAUCUUGUCAUGCAUUGGGAACUUUGCCGCUCUUAUCAUGAAUGAUCCCGACUUUUCUCGCUUCGCGAGGACACCCAAGGAUGCGCUGUGGUCGCAGCUGCUCACUAUUCCUAUCGGAUUCGGGGUCACCUCGUUUAUCGGCAUCAUUGUGUCUUCGUCGUCCGAGGUCAUCUAUGGUCAAACCGUUUGGAACCCGCUCACCCUGCUCGGCAAGUUCCUGGACGGAGCUAGCUCAGGCCAGCGUUUCGGUAUCUUCAUCAUUGCGUUGGGAUUCGCAUUGGCCCAGCUGGGAACCAACAUUUCGGCCAACUCGGUGUCUGCUGGAACAGACCUGACUGCACUAAUGCCUCGCUGGCUCAAUAUCCGCCGUGGCAGCUAUAUAUGUGCAGCGAUCGGCCUCGCCAUGUGUCCGUGGAACCUUGUUUCCUCAUCCAACAGCUUCACAACCUACCUCUCCGCAUACUCGCUCUUCCUAUCUGCCAUUGCAGGCGUCAUGAUCACUGAUUACUACAUCGUCCGCCGGGGCUACCUAGACGUGAAAGCACUGUACAGCGCCCGCAAAUCCGACCCAUACUACUACACCUUCGGCUUCUCAUGGCGCGCCUACACGGCAUACAUCUGCGGAAUCCUGAUCAAUAUCGUCGGUUUCGCCGGUGCCGUCGGCCGGAAAGUCCCCGCCGGUGCCCAGUACAUCUACAACCUGAAUUACUUCACCGGCUUCAUCGUCUCCACAGCUGUGUACUACCUCCUCGUGCGACUCUUCCCCAUUCCCGGGAUGGGCAACUAUUGGAACGAAGUCGACAUCGAUGCCGACGACGAGUUUUCGGUUGCAUACGGACAGCCCGUUGUCGAUGAGGAGAAUGGACAGAAUGGAGACCGCUCGAGUACGAUUUCCGAUCCGUUGCCGGAGGAUGAUCAGAAAGGUCUGAAACAUUCGUCAAAGGAUGCCCCGGAUAUCCCACACUUUUGA